UAAAGUCAGAGGCGAGGGUGUUUUUUUAUUUUAUUUUCCUUUGCAUUCCAGAGAAGGACUAGAAGUGGUGAGCGAUAAAGAUGUCUUUUGAAUGCAACUAUGCUUUGCUUCACACUGGACAAAGAAUGCCUUUUGUUGGAUUAGGUACUUGGAAGAGUGAUGCUGGACAAGUAAAAGAGGCUGUAAAGUAUGCCCUUAGUGUGGGCUAUCGCCACAUUGACUGUGCUACAGCUUAUAGCAACGAAGCAGAAAUAGGUGAAGCUCUCCAGGAGACUGUUGGGGCUGACAAGGCUGUUAAAAGGGAAGAGCUGUUUGUUACAUCAAAGCUAUGGAACACCAAACACCACCCAGAAGAUGUGGAGCCAGCUUUAAGGAAGACUCUGCAAGAUCUAAAUCUGGAUUACCUGGACCUUUACCUUAUGCACUGGCCACAUGCCUUCGAGCGAGGAAAUAAUCUCUUCCCCAAGAAUCCCGAUGGUACAAUGCGUUAUGAUUAUAUUGACUACAAAGAUACAUGGAAGGCUAUGGAAAAAUUGGUGGAAAAAGGCUUGGUGAAAGCUGUUGGACUUUCAAAUUUCAAUAGUCGACAGAUUGACGAUGUUCUCAGCAUAGCUUCUGUCAAGCCGGCACUUCUACAGGUGGAAUGUCAUCCUUACCUAGCCCAGAGAGAACUAAUAGCUCAUUGCCAUCAGCAAGGGCUGGUGGUAACUGCUUACAGUCCUCUUGGUUCACCUGACCGGAUGUGGAAGCACCCAGAUGAGCCAGUAUUGCUGGAAGAACCUGGAAUAAAGAAACUGGCAGAAAAAUACAACAAAUCUCCUGCUCAGAUUCUUCUCAGAUGGCAAGUUCAGCGGAAAGUAGUUGUUAUUCCCAAGAGUGUUACCCCUGCACGCAUACUCCAAAAUCUUCAGGUAUUUGACUUCAGCCUGACCAUUGAAGAGAUGAACUCUAUUGAGAGCCUGAAUAAAAACUGGCGAUAUAUUGUACCAAUGCUCACGGUGGGGGACAAAAUGAUAGCAAGGGAUGCUGGACACCCCCUAUAUCCCUUCAAUGAACCAUAUUAAUUCAUAAAGCUACCAAGAUAAAAAUGUAUUUCCAUUCAGGAUUGCUGCUGUCAUCAAUUACUAGAUUUUUUUAAAAAAAAACACCUAAAUAAAGUUUUAUAUCUGUGGGAUUGCA